UGUUUUUGCUUGCUUAUCUCACCCCACCAGUUAAACAACCUUGGAAUCUUUGAAUCUUAACUCCUAAGCUUCUUUGUAAUUUUUUUCCUCCAAUUUUUUUUUUUUUUAAAAGAAAUAUCUAGUUACUUUUUGAAAAGUUAUCUGCCCUUUUUCCUACUUGUUAUUGGGUCCGUUUCUAUUGCUUCAAUUAUGUUUCCACAUUUGCUAGAGAGACUUCGUUAAUUUUACUCCUCAAUCUUGUUUUGUUACAGGCUGCUGUGAAUUGGGUCAGCUGUGAUGAGAUCACUGAUUUUGAUAUGCUUAAUUUGUUUGGGUGUGGUUUGAUUCUCUCAGAUUAGGGGGGUUGUUUGGUUGGUUCAUGUUGAUGUGGAGUUUUUGACUUGUUGAGUGAGUGAAGUUGAGUUUGGCUGGCAUCAAUGGGGAAGAAGGGAUCUGCCAUGGAGUACAGGAGUAUGAAGAUCUAUGAAGUGUUCAUUGUGGCGUUUAUGCUGAUCUGGGCAACGCGAGUCUCACGUGCUGUCACUAAUCCUGAUGAUGUUGCUGCAAUUAACGCCUUAUACAUCGCAAUGGGUUCUCCUGUACUUCCUGGGUGGGUUGGUUCCGGGGGAGACCCAUGUGCAGAAGGGUGGCAAGGAGUUCAGUGCAACGGUACGGAAAUUUUGAGCAUAAUUCUUAAUGGUGCUAAUUUGGGAGGACAGCUAGGGGAUAACUUAUCAACGUUCACUUCUAUCAGAGUAAUGUAAGUGGUAUUAUGAAUUUGUGAUUGUCUUUAUUCAUGCAUUUAGUUGCCAAGGGUGUAUGUGCGCAUAUGUUUGUGGAUAGUG